GAUGUUCAUAUUGGUCGACUUUUUCUCUUGGAUGUGGAACGCAAUUUAACUCGUUCCGUAAGAUUACGUGAACCUCGAUCAGAUUGUCCCGUUUGCGGAGAUGAUAUUCUCAAGAAUAACAAAGAUAGACCUCUUACUGAUUAUGUAGUGUUCUGUGGAACGCCUAGCUGUGACAAGCCACGGAAUAUGAAUAUGAUUAUGAAUAAUCGUCGUAUUACUGUUCAACAAUUAAAAAAUUAUAUAGACUCUCAAUCGUCGUACUUGCUUAUCGAUAUACGCCCGAAGACUGAAUUCGAUAUCUGCCAUUUGAAGUCAUCGUUGCAUAUUCCGUUCAAUGAACUUUUUCGUGAAUCAGUUAUAUCUGAUAUCCGAGAGGCUAUUGACAAUGGGAUCAGUAAUAAAGGUGCUACCCUACCUUUUCCUGUUAUACUUCUGUGUCAUCGUGGAAAUAGUCAGCAGAAGCUGCACCAAAAUUAGGAAGUGCAUUGAUGUCUUUUCGAUGCUCAAAUCCUGACAAUCGAAAGAAUUGGUUUGUGCUGAUGGCGAUGACUCCAAUAGUGACUUUGUAGUGUGUGAUGUUGCCGGAGGCCUGUCUGCAUGGUCUUUAGAAAUUGAUCCCAACUUUCCAACAUACUAGUUAGAUUACAAGUUAAUUCUUUGAUGAGGAGAACAAGAAUCUAACAAUUAACAUGCCAUUUAUAUGUAUGAAUUUGAUAUGCCUACGAAUUUAUAUAAAAUAUUAUUUUUCAUCUCCUU